GAAACCUGAAGUAGUUUCAAGAGAACCGGCGCGUGCGCACCACGCGUAUAUCCAUACUUUCAAACUCUAUGCGCUCGCGAACGUUUUGUCUCUGAAUCUUUUUGUUCCAACAAUUUGUUAAAUGGAAGUAUUGAGGACAUCCUCAUUUCCCAUUGUUGUGAUACUCUUUAACAUGCUGUGAAUAUUCUUUGUUAGCUUACAAUAGCAGUUUUAGUUCUACUUUCGUAAAAUUUAAAUACAGCUAUCCGGUGAAUUUAAAACACUGGUACAAAAAUUAUUCGUCAAAAGGACUCCUAUAAGAGCUGGAUUAAUACAGAGGGUCCCUUCAUAGCUGUGAUGAACAAUGUAUAAACAGAAGAUAUUGUUAUUGAUGUACGUUUGUAGCGCCUUUGGUGCUUUGGACGGCUACAGCUCUCAACAGGAUACGGAACAGUUCCACAUACAGACAGAUGAGGAUGAUGAACGAUACUUCUUGUACCAGACACACAAUGGACAGUAUCGGAAGGAAAGGCGAUUGAGGGAUGGCUCUGUUGUUGGAACCACAGGAUGGGUAGGCGCUGAUGGUUAUCUACGUUUGCAAGACUACAUCGCAGAUGAUCAAGGUUACAGAAUAUACAAAUCGAAGACUGUCUAUGUAGGCGAUCGCUCUAUUGGUGAAUCCUUGAAGAUUGCUAAGACGGCUCCGACGGAUUCUGGGUUCAACAUAACGCCUGCACCAGCUCGUAAUGUUAAUCGUGGCACACCACGUUUCAGCACCACAACAAAGCUACCACCAACUUUAUCAACUACUUUGGCUCCACCGUACGCCUAUCCCAGAGAAGGAACAAUUACGGCAACCCCUUCACCGUACCCAGAUGUAUCAUCAACGCCAAUAGUGGAAGUUUCACCAAAUUCAGUUGACACAACAAGAUAUAACUUCAGACCUACUGUAUCUCCAAUAACAGCUGAUGAAGCGUCUUCAACGGCGAGUCGCAGUGACUUUGACUUAACAAACACAAAUACUAUAGAUAAUUACUUCGCUAGUGACAGCUCUUCCUAUGGACGGGUUGAUGUAUAUAAUCCUAAUUCAUACCGACAUGCAAAUGAAUGGUCGCGGAGACAGCAGCCUGCCGCUAGAUUUGGUGAUGGAUACACGCCGCAGUUUUCAAGCUAUGACGGAGUUGCAUUCAGAAGAAAUGGUUUCCGUUAUUACCUUCCCAAGCAAUACCACGAAGAGCAAAGUGACUCAGAUGAAAAAACUGGCAGUUUCGGAUAUGUGGAUCCAUUUGGUAUCCGUCGAGUCAUAUAUUAUAACUCGUCUCCGGGGCGUGGUUUUCAAGUUCGUAAGAAUAAUAGAUAUGUUGGGCACGACGCUACUCCCUACGACCCUAGACCGAUCGAUAAAUGAUAUUAUAUUUAAAAUAUGCCUUUGAAGUUACCAUCUCAAUUCAGUAUUUAUUUUUCUUAGAUCAUUUAUACGUCUAGGUAGACUAUGACGGCUGUGAAAGCCAUUGGGACCAAUACCAGUGGGAGGCUCCUUUUCACAGGAUGCUGGCUAGAUUAUGGGUACCACAACGGCGCCUAUUUCUGUCGUGAAGCAGUCAUGUGUAAGCAUAACUGUAUGUCGGUCUGAGGGGCGGGCGCCGUAGCUAGUGAAAUUACUGGGCAAAUGAGACUUAACAUCUAAUGUCUCAAGGUGACGAGCGCAGUUGUAGUGCCAUACAGAAUUUUUGGGGUUUUUCAAGAAUCCUGAGCGGCAAUGCAUUGUAAUGGGCUGGGCGUAUCAAUUACCUUCAACUGAACGUCCUGCUCGUAUUGUCCCUUACUUUCCAUAAGAAAAAGGUCGAAAAAUAGACUUUAGAACUAACUUUUAUUUUUGAGCAAUUCACGCACACUUACACAAAGUUUCAUACCAACCGCAAGUCUAAGACCUAGCUUGUCACGCUAAACUAAUAUUCCUGACUUGAUUUUAUCGGUUGUCUAACAGUAAGAGAUUCUCUAGACGUAUAAAUUAUCUAUGUUAUUUUUAAUUCAUUAGGAAGAGACGAAUCGAAUAUUUUACGAACGACUUAGCCAUUAAAUUAAUUAACGAUUUAUUUAUUGUAAAUAAUACCUAUUCAAUUUAUGUGAACUUAUAUUAUUUUACAAAUAGCAAUGUUUUUCCUUAUAUCAACCAAGGAAGAACCCUUCCACACCUUCCACUUAAGUUAUGUAUGCGUCGAACCGUACCGACGGGAUCAAAAUAACGUAGGUACUAUUAUGAAGUACCUAAUAAAACAUUGUACUUAAUAUAAUGUUUUUACUAUAGAGCUUAUAUUUAAAUCACAUUUGUAUCUAAUUUGUAAUUUAAUUAUUUAAAAAAGGGCCGGAAUAUUAUUAAUAAACACAUAAUUAAUUGAGUAACUGUUAACCAAAGAUAAUAUAUUUUAUAGGCUUGUAAUUUUAUAUAAUAUAUAUAUCGUUUUAAUUAAGUUCUAAGGUAUUAUUUAAUUUGGUGCUUGUAGCUUCAAUAUUAUAGUUGUUGAGAAUAAUUUGUCAUUAAGAUUCUUAUCCUUCGUAACUACUCAAUCUUUCUACAAUAAAAAUUAAUGACGCCUUGUUCCAACAACACAAAAGAGAGAUUAUUGAAAAGAAAACAUUAUUAAAAAAAAGUGUAAAAUUAUUCCUAUCGAAAUUGUUAAUAUUAUUAAAAUACAAUAUAAUACAAUAUGAUUAAUCUUAAAAUUGAUGACUAUUGUGUUUUAUAACACAACUUUAACAUUGUUAUAUAAAGUAAUAAAUAAACUUUUGUUUGUA